AUGUAUAAAUCAUUAAAAAGAUUAGAUUAUCCUAGACAUUUAGCAUUUUUAAAUGAGAAGAAAUUAAUAUUAGUAAGAAAAUUAACUAAAUCAGAUCCAUGGGAAGAUAUAACUAAUACAAGAUAUGAUAUAAGUAAAUUAAUAUUUUUUGAUCCAGAAUUAAAUGAAUUUAAACCAGAAUAUAAAUUAGAUUUAUUAAAUUUAAUAAUAGAAAUUAAAUUAGAAGAAUUUUGUGAAAAAUUAGAAUAUUAUGGAAUGAAAAUAUAUAAUUAUAAAAGUUAUAUGGAACAUGGAUAUCCAGAAAUUUUAUUAUUUGAUAUUCUUAAAAAUACUUUUACACUUGAAUUUUUAAAUGAAAAGAAAAUUAAAUUACAUAUUCCAAAAGUAGUAACACCGGUAACACAAGUAAUACCAACACAGGUGGAUAAAAUAAAUAGAACAAUAACAAGAAGUUUAAAAAGACAUAUAGAAUCUAAUAAUGUUGCUAAUACUAAGAUUAGAAAAUUAAAUGAACAAAUAGAUGAACAAAUUAAUGAACGAAUUGAGGUACCAAUGGAAUUAAAUAUGGAACUGGAUGACAUAGAAUUGAAUACGAAAAAAUAUGAAAUUAAAAUAUUAAAUCAAUGUUAUUGGUAUAAAUUUAAUAAAAAUAAUUGUAAUUAUAUUAAAGUUUUGGGUAAGAAAUUAUGGAAACGUAAGAAUUCUGAAGUUUUAAAAUCAUUUUAUUAUUAUAAAUUUAAAAAAAUAUUAAUUUUAGAAUUUGAUACUAAUUUUAUUUUAUUUCAAUUAAACAGUAAAGAGGAAUAUGGUAGUCAAGAAUAUGGGAGUAAGGAACAGUAUGGAACACAAGAACAUUAUCGAACAGAGAAACAUUAUGGAAAACAGGAAGAUUAUUGGAUUCAAGAAAAUUAUGAGAUUCCACCAAUAAAAUUAUAUGAAUUAGAUGAAUCAGGAAAUAUAAGUAAAAUGACACCAAAUCAAUAUACUGUUAACUUAAUAUUAUUUGAUGGUAUACAAAUACUUUAUAAAAUUAUGUCUAAAUGUCCUAUGAUAAAAUAUAAUAAUAAAAUUCUAUGGAAGAGACAAAAUUUAAAAGAAUCUGUUAAAUUAUUACUUUACAAUUUAAUUAAUGGAAAUAUAAUAAUUGAAACUAAUAUUAUGUUAUUUAGAAAUGAAAAUUGGAUAAAAAAAUUGCCUAAUUUUAAAAUAUUUUCUGAAGAUGAGGUUGGAAAUAUUAUCCCAACUCCAUUAGAUAAAUGGACAUUAGAAAUAACAGAAUCGAAAUAUAUAUUUAAUUUUCAUAAUUCCAAUUGUUGUUUGGUAAAAUAUUUUGAAAAUAUUAUCUGGAAAAAUGAUUAUCCUAGAAAAAUUAUUGAUUCUAGAAAAAUGAUUAAUGAUCCUAGAAAAAUGAAUGAUUAUCCUAGAAAAAUGAUUUUUAAAAUUAGAAGUAAAAUUUUAAUUGUUGAAUUUGAAAAUUAUUUCGAUAUUUGUAGUUUUAAUCAAGAUAAUUGGAUUAAAAAACAAAUUAAUAUUCCACCAAUUCAUUUAUACAAACUAAAUUCUGAAGAUAAUAUAAUAAAUUUGAGUAGAGAAGAUUAUGAAGUUGAAUUAAUAAAUACACGUUUUAUGACAAUAUUAUUUAGUAUUAAUAUGAAUAUAAAAUGUGUUCGUAUAUUUUAUAAAAAAACAAUAGUUUGGAGUUCCGAUUCUAAUAAUUAUCCAUAUUAUAUAAUUUAUAGUCAAUGUAAUAAUAAAUUAUAUAUAACAUUUGAUAAAGAAAUUAUAGUUUAUAAAUAUAAAAGUAGAAAUUGGUAUGAAAAAAUAUAUAAAAUACCACCAAUUGAACUUUAUACUGAAAUUAAUGGAAAAAUUAUAUUACUAGAUUAUAAUAAUUAUAAAAUAUAUUUAAAAGAUAUAAAUAAAAAUAUUUGUUAUUAUUAUAUAAUUAAUGAGAAAUGUACUGAAAUUAAAUUUAAUAAUAAAUUAGUUUGGAAAUUUAAUGACAAAUAUCCUAAAUCAAUUACAUAUAAUAAUAAUAUAAAUAUAAAUUUAGGUAAUAAAAUUAUUAAAAUAACAGAAAAUUAA